UCUGUUCCAUAUUCUUGGAUCAAUACUCCUUUGAGAGAACAUUACAUCAGUCUUGUAAUGGGAUGGUCUUGGCUCACACAGGUUCAAAAAUGACAAAUGGUCUGUGAAGAAGUCCUGUCUCAGAACAAACUAGAAAGAAAGAAGCUGUGGGACUUUCACUUGAGAGAUACCAUAGAUCUGAUGGAGCUAUUUUCGAAAAAUGCUUUAGCCCAGACAAUUUGUAAUGAUGGAAACCUAUUACAGCUGUAGAUCUUGGGCCUCCAAGAUCAAGGUACCUGAAGUUCUCAUGCUUUGCCCUCAGCUUCGACGAUGGAACUCUAAUGUUGUGUCCCCAAGAGGGAACCAAACCUUUCUCUCUCUCUCUCUCUCUCUCUCUCUCUCUCUCUCUCUCUCUCUCUCUCUCUCUCUCUCUCUCUCUGUGUGUGUGUGUGUGUGUGUGUGUGUGUGUGUGUGUGUGUAAAACAUGGUUCUGGAGGCCAAAAGUUACCUAAAUGUCAUACUCAGAAAUACUGACCACCUCCUUUGAGACAGGGUCUCUCUUUGGCUAGGAGCUCUCCAAUUAGGCUAGGUUGGUGGCCAGCAACCCUCAGGCAUCUUUGUGUCUCUCUCAGUGCUAGGAUUGCAAAUACAUACCACCAUAGUUAUUUUUUUGAAGGUGCUGGGAAUUCAACUCAAGUCUUCAUUUUUUUUUUCAAGACACAAAUUUAGCCAACUGCACCAUCCUCCUGGACCUCAGGGGGACCACUUCUUCUUCUUCUUCUUCUUCUUCUUCUUCUUCUUCUUCUUCUUCUUCUUCUUCUUCUUCUUCUUCUUCUUCUUCUUCUUCUUCUUCUUCUUCUUCCUCCUCCUCCUCCUCCUCCUCCUCCUCCUCCUCCUCCUCCUUCUUCUUAUUGAUUUUCAAACUUUUCUGUUUUUUAACACCUUGUUGCAAGAGCAAUAGGAAGUAUCAAUGAAUAACAUUUACUUACAUUAUCAUUUUCUUUAUCCUUGAGAAUUUAAUACAUGUAUAUUACAAAAUAUGACCACAUUCACCCCACUUUCUCCCUCUAACUUUCCUCAUAUUCCUUCGCAGCAUGUUGCUCUCCCAAACACUUCUCUUUGUUUUUAUGCUAACUCAUUAAUUUGAAUUAGUAUUGUCCAUAAGUGCAUGGAGGGGGGCAUCCACUGAGACACAGAAAAACCUACCAAAUGGGAAUACUCUGAAGAAAGAAUAAUUCUUUCUCCCCAAGAGUUAUAAUGGCAUAUCCCCCAUCAGUGAAACGGCCCUUCUUAAGGCUAACACUUGGAGACUAGGCUCAUAACUAUUAACAUGAAUCUUAGACUGAUUCAUGCAUUCACACUCUAGCGCGUGCUUACUUUUCAUGUGCUAAAUGUCAGACUCUGUCUAUACAAUCCAUAUCCUUUAAUGAUUAUGCCAGUCUCACAACAUAUGUACAUAAUUUUACUUUUUAAAACUGGAGAAUAAAUCUGAUUUGGGGGGCCAGAUAUAAUGACACAUAUUUUUAAUCAUAGCACUAGGGGAGCAGAGGUAGAUAGAUCUCUGUGAGUUUGCGAUUAGUCGGGUCUUCACAGAAUUUUAGGUCAGUCAGGGCUAUAGAGUGAGACCCUGUCUCAAACAGACAAAUAAAGAAAAAUAUCCAAGUUUUUGAAUUGUGAAUAUUGUGAUUCCCAAGCCUUAUAAACAUCACAAUAUAAUACUACUUUCUUCAUUCCAGACCCAGGGCUGAGCUCUAGGGAGUACAUGAGUAAACAUGUGGUCUUUGCACUCAGACAGCACUUGAUCUCUCCCAGACCAAACUCACAAUGAAGACCUUUUCCAACUGUAGCUCAGGAAGUCACAGAUAUGUCGAUUACUCUGGGCUCAGCUCAAAGCAUUUAAUACUUUCCUGCAUGUAUAUAAAUAUCUCACAUUUAAUGUAGCUUAUAAUACAUUGGACAAUUUCACAUGAAAUUAGAUCAGAAUUUUUCCUGCAAAGCUAUGUAUAUAUUAUGUAAGUCUGGCAUCCUUUCCAGAGGGGAAGAUUAAGGUAACUGUGCUAUUCCUGUUGAGUACAAUUCAAUUUUGAGAAGCAAUUGUCUGAAACAAUUCCCUAAAAGCAAAAGAAACAACAUUCCUGAAAUUAGGUAUUUGGCAACACUGCGUGAAAUGACUUAAGUGGUUAACUAAUAAUUAAUACAACAACUAAGAUUUUUCUGAGCACCCAAGAUGUAUCAGCUUCUAUUCUAUGCUUUAGCAUAGGAACAUAAGGAACAUGGAGUCCCCAACUGGUGUAGGUGGUGUAGGUUUUUCAUGAGAAGAGUCAGGCAGCAAACCUCCUGCUGUACAGUCACUUCUCCUGACUAGACGACUGUGGAGAAUGUCUCUCAAGGUUUGACACCAGCCCUGUAGACAGGGUCCCUCCUCCGCUGUUUUGCUAACACACCAAGGCAGAUGAGUGGGUCUGAAGAGCCUUCUCUCAGAGUAAAGGGAUUUGGCAGCUGUGGGUGACCGUGGGUGGAUGCUAACAGAGACUUCUAGUGAUGAAAAUUCAACUUAAGAAGGUGGAAAACUAUCACUUAAGUCAGGAUUCUUUCUGGUCUUGAUCCUGUGAGGGAUCCUGUGAGGGUUAGCAAAGACAUCCACUCGCAUGCCUAAAGAGAAAGUAAGAGGUUGCCACGUAGUGCCCUGAAGAGCCAGAAGCCUGUUACAAAAGUGCAAGACAUGGAGUCUCCUUCAUGUUGGUAGGUCCACAAACUUAAUCAAUUGUAUUCUAUCAUUUUAUGAGAACAGCAAUCAUGAGACAACCAGGAGAACCUCAGUAAAUCAAUACUUACCGGAAUAUUUCAACUUUGGGCAAGACUAGAGAGAUGCCAGUUGGACGAACAAAAAAUAAUUUAGUCGUUGUAUCAUAAAAUACAUAGAGACAUUGUUUGUGUUGGCUGAAACAAUGCUGAACGUUUGACUUCAAAGACAAAAUGAAACAAAACAAAACAGCGAGUUCUAUGGAAUCUCUCAGUUGAGCAAGGUGUGUGUGUGUGUGUGUGUGUGUGUGUGUGUGUGUGUGUGUGUGUGUGUAUGCACAUGUUUAUGGUAGAAAAGAUCCAAUUUAAUUCUGAAAUGGUUCAUCUUUUGAGAGGAGAGAACAGGAUGGGUACGAUUUCUGACAUUGGUGUUUGAAUGUCAAUCCGGAUCUCUCUCCUGUGAAAGCAAUGAGUAGAACUACCAGGAUGCAUCUCUUACUUGGUGUUUGUAAAUUACGUCAAAGCUGUUGAGGCCAUUAAUUGAGUACAGUGAGAAGCAAGCAAUUGAAUAGGAUGUUUGUUGUUUGGAUCCCAGCUUCUGUACACAGUCUGCAAAGUGGUUGUCCUGGCAACCACACUGAAGCCGCAAGUAAGGAGCAGCAUGAACGACAGGAACUUGCUGGCAAUGCCAACUGCAAGGCCGAGCAGGUCCUGACUCCUGGCUGAGUGUGUUUACUCUCCAGGCCACUCUAGGCCACAGAACAAUAUCUACAAUGCCUUGGAGGAGCAUUUCUAUUUGUUUUAUCAACAUUUCUCUGUACCCAGCCUAUUUGUAUUCAUGUUUCAUUUCAUUCUUCCUUCGUAAUUAUUCUCAUCUUCCAUUGUUUUUGGAUUUUCCUAGUCACUUACUGUCACUUCUUUUUAAUAUUAUGAGCUUUCAUGAUUUCUAAAAUCAAUACUUUUAGUGCAACAGAUAUGUUCUGUUAUCAGGACAUAAGCUAGUUCAGCUUCUCCUGUGAGACAGGGGUCAUAGGUAGCUCAUGAAAGUGAUGGAUUUCUGUGAGACUGCUGCUUUCUGCAGACCAGUCUGAGCCUCUAUAAUUGUUCAUCUGGUUAAGCCUGUGAGUCAGUGUAGCUGGGAAUGAGUCCACACCAAGGUUUGUCACUUGAUCUUAGCCAAAAAGUCAGUAAGUGAAACCGCAGUGCUCCUUAAUCCAACCACGUGUGUAGACUGAGCUGAGCACCUCUCAUAUAAAACAUUUUAAAAAGAAAAACAGAGCUUUGUAGUGGGAUGAUUAAACCAGAACACAAGGGCUGCUGGCUCUCUGUACUUUUAGUUUGCCUUUUCCCAAGGGUUAAUAUGGCUGACUAUGGAUGAGUCUACCUGGGGACAGUGGCUAUCCAAUAAACAUCAGUGACUGUUGGCAAAUGAUCAGAGACAAGAACAAGGAGGUUUGAAAGGAAGCAUGGCUCUGCUAAACACCGUAAUGUCCCAUUUCUGACCUUAAGGGCUGUGGGACAGUGAGGUUCUGCUGUGGUUGUUUAGAUGUCUCGGCCUGUGGUGAUGUGUUUGGAACUUUGGAGAUGAUAAUGUACUGUGUCAAGAAUGCAGUGUCUUGACUUGCACCUUGUUCGAUUCUCAGGAUGUGUUUGGAGGGAAACAUGGGGCGGGGGUAUCUUCAUGUUCAACCAUGUGUCUGUUGCUUCAUGUGUAAGUUAUAUAGUCCCCAUGCUCUGACACCCUCAGUUGUGAUGUGGACACAGUGUGAGAACAGCAUCCACCUAGACCAUGAUGCGACACUCCUGUGACACUUAAAAGGGAAAAGGAAGUAAUGUAAAUGACUUUGUGUUCAGCCAGAACCCAUGAGACGGUAAGAGGCUAGCUUACUAGCUUGUAUAUAGGGUGGAACCAAACCCCAGACCUAAUAGAAUUCUGUCAAGACUCUCCCUCCUUCCUUUCUAUCAACUAUUGCGUGGAAGAUCAUAACUUUGCCGGUUGAUGGUUGGGGAUUGAAUAGACAUGAUAAUUCAUGAACAAAGCAAUGUGAGAGGUGCCAUAAAGUACAGCUUGAUGACUUAUUAUAAUUGAGGUCUCAAAUAGUAUGGUGCGUCGUAGAGCUUUUAGGGCCAAAAAAGCAAAACAGCAAGAGAUUGCUUUGGGUUCAAAUACAAACCUUGCAGAAGUGUAUAAGCAGGAUGUAGAACAUGGCUGAGAUAUGGGCAGUCCUGGGGACCAGAGGAAAACACGAGACAUGGAAGGAGGGCUGCUGAUGUCAUCCUGGUCUCUGAUGCAGGCUAAUCUUCACAUCUCUGGAAUCAUACAUCUUACCAGAUGGUAUAAUCGGCAGCUUACACACCUCCACUGAACAGUGAUGCAAGCCCUUCGAGGUGGUGAACACCUUGAAUCUUAGUACUCAGGAGGUACAAGCAGGUGGAUCUCAGAGUUUGAGGACAGCCUGAACUAUGAAGUGAGUUCCAGGACAUGCAGGACUAUGGAGAGAAUCCCUUUCUUGAAAACCCAAACCAAACAACCAAAACAUUAACAAAAAGAAUAAAAUAUCUUAUCAUUUAAAAAUAUGUGCUGUGUCACCAAACGCCAUGCAAUAAGUGUCUAGGCAGAAGGAUGGAUGAGUACAUUGAGAAAUAAAGACUUAAAUGCAUGAUUUGUUGGAUCUGUUUUUGUGACAGAAGGACACAGUCAGGUGUUUUGGUGUUUUGAAUAGCAGGAUGCAGGGACAGAUAAACAGAGCUCUGUCUGUAAAGGACAAAAAGUGAUAUUGGAGUCAUUUUAGGAAGCUGUGCUUCUCAAUAUUGAACGCAGAGGUCAGCUUCAGCAUGGGUGGGGUCUAGAGGAGGAAACCCAGUUAAGGAGACAGAGUAGUUCAGAUCCAAGAUGCUUUUUCUUCUUGUAAAGGUCCGUGGGAUAUGACACGAAGCAUUACAAUCACAGUCCUUCUUGUGAAUCAAGAGGAAGCGGGAAGCCAUCAGUUUAUUACAGAGCAUUAGGGAUGACCAGAGGAACGUUGACAUUCCCACUCAUCCCGAGGACUUGGCAGUGAGCUGUGAUCAGAGGGCAGCUCUCUCUGCCUGCAUCUAUCAGAGCAGGGGGAAGCAGAACCUGAGGGGUGGAAAUGCACUUCUCAGCUACUGAAAAGCUGGCCUCACCUGUAGUUAGGAAAAGAUGGAUGAGUCACCUCCCACUGCCGGUGGCUCUAGGCCAAGGUCUCAGAACCUUGCUUACGCUGGAUGCAUGACUCAGGGCUAUGCCAAGUCUUCAGUGUGCGGUAGCUUUGGUGCAGAGAGUUGAAAUACUUACAAGGUUUUUAUGGUUUGGAUUUACCCUGAGGUUAAGUUUGUUUUCUCCACGACAACUUCUGACCCAAAUGGAGAGAUAUUUCUCCUUGAAGCCAGGUCACUGUGUGCUUUCGGCUUGCCUUACUUCCUUCUGCACAGGACCUUUACUGGUGAGAGGGACUGUCUUUCAAGCUGUUUGUAAUGGGAACAUUAGCCUGCAUUUGAUCCUUAUGUGUCUUUUGUGAUAUGUUCUGGAAUUUAAGGAACUCUUUCUCAGAACUUCAGUAACAGUUAACACAAUAAGGAGGUUGAAGAAUGCUUGCUCUCCAAGCUGCCUACGAGCUUGUAUGCCUCAUACUCCAGCUUUCGCCCUAUCUCGUCAGAUCUAUGGCUGUCUAGUGUAUUUCACUCCCAGAGACGAUCAUUUCCUCACCAGCAUCUUUUUUUUUUAAUUAUCUUUAAUCUUUUCCUACAGUCCAGUCAUUAUCCCCCUCCAGGUCCACCCUCUGACAGUUCCUCAUCUCAUUCCUCCUCCUUACUACCCCCUUCCCCCUCCCCCUAUUUCCAAGAGGUUGUCCCCACCCCCAUAACCCCCAUAUACCCCCAGGCCUCCCCACUCCCUGGGGUCUCAAGAAUCUGGAGGGUAAGGUGCAUCUUCUCUCAUUGAGGCCAGACCAGGCAGUCCUCUGCUGUAUUUGUGUCAGGGCCUUGGACCAGCUCAUGUAUGUUGCCUGGUUGGUGGCUCAGUGUCUGAGAAAUCUCAGGGAUCCAGGUUAGUUGAGACUGCUGGUCUUCCUAUGGGAUCGCCCUUCUCCACAACUUCUUCUAGUCUUUUCCUAAUUCAACCACAGGGGUCCCCGACUUCUGUCCAUUGGUUGGGUGUAAGUAUCUGUGUCUGUCUCUGUCAGCUGCUUGUUGGGCCUCUCAGAGGAAGUCAUGCUAGGCUCCUGUCUGUAAGCACACCAAAGUAUCUUAGCAAAAUAACAUCUAGAACUUAAUAUUGAAAGAACAUAAUGUCAUCACUAAAUCUGCCCACAUUUAGAGUCUACCCUUAACAGUUAGACACUUGUUUUGGCAUAUAUCUGUAUUUUGUCUUUUGUUUGUUUUUGAGAUUGUAUUUUAAUGACAUUUCUCUCUUCCCUUUCCUCUUCCCAAAGCCUCCCAUUACCCCAUUCUCGUGUUCCUUCAAAUUCAUGUUUUCUUUUUAUUAAUCAAGGGUUAUUACAUGCAUGUAUGUAUUUCUACAUUGCUAAAUAUAACCUGUUGAGCCCACAUGAUGUUACUGUUCUUCAGUUUCUAUCUCCCAAGUUCUAGGAUUAAGAACCAUACCCGGUUUAAUUGCUUGCUUUUUCUGUUGUAUGGCCAGUAAAGACUUCUUGGCAUAAGUAGGAUAAUCCUUUUGAUAGUCUGAGCAAAUGAGGCUGGUCUUGUAGACUCAGAAAGGCUUAAAGAAGGCAGACGUGAAGAGCAAACCCAGGAUGACCAUUUUGAAGUUUCAUUCAAGAUGAGGACACAGAGAGGACAGUAGGAAAAUGUAUGCUUGGUUAACUCAGUCUUAGUAAGAGUUCUCAGUAUGUUUGGACUGAUGGAUUGCAUUUCUGGUAGGGAACUGAGCCCUUGGUCCAUCAUAAAGCUACAUUCAGAAAUCUAUCAUCGUCAGGGAGAUGCUGCAUGCUAGGUCCCUUUAACUUUACAAUGAAGCAGAGAGCUUCAGUUUCUGAACUGUACCUGGGUGGUAAGAUGACUCCAUUCCUCUGUAAGCUAGCUGAACCCGGUAACUGCCUCUCCAUUCUUCUCAAGCUAGCAUGGGAGGUGGUGAGUGAAUGCAGCCUGCAGACUUCCCUACGUGGUCACACACAGAAGACGGGAAAUGGACAAAGAAAAAAGUGAUCCUUCCUGCAAGUCCUCAGACCUCAAAAUAUCCAACAUCUCCAUCCAGGUGGUCAGUGUCCCAGGGAAGCUACCAGGGAGAAGACUACCUCGAAAACCCAUUGGCAAAGCCAGGCCCCGCAAGCAGCCUAAGAAGAGAGCUCCCUUUUGGAAUGUUCAAAAUAAGAUCAUUCUCUUCACAGUAUUUUUAUUCAUCCUGGCAGUCACAGCCUGGACACUUCUAUGGCUCUAUAUCAGUAAGACAGACAGCAAAGACGCCUUUUAUUUUGUUGGGAUGUUCCGCAUCACCAACAUUGAGUUUCUUCCCGAGUACCGGCAGAAGGAGUCUAGGGAAUUUCUCUCCAUGGCAAAGACAGUACAGCAAGUGGUAAACCUUGUUUAUACAACAUCUGCUUUCUCCAAAUUUUAUAAGCAGUCUGUGGUUGCAGAUGUCAGCAGUAACAACAAAGGCGGUCUCCUGGUCCACUUUUGGAUUGUGUUUGUCAUGCCCCAUGCCAAGGGCCACAUCUUCUGUGAGGAAUGUGUGGCAGCCAUCUUGAAGGACUCCAUCCAAACCAGUAUCACAAACCGCACCUCUGUGGGGACCUUGCAGGGUCUGGCCGUGGAUAUGGACUCUGUGGUAUUAAAUGCUGGGCUCCGGUCGGAUUACUCUUCAGCGGUAGGAUCUGACAAUGGCUGCUCCCAGUACUUCUAUGCAGAUCAUCUGACCCUCCGCUACCCUCUGGAGAUUUCCGCAACUUCGGGACAGCUAAUGUGUCACUUCAAGCUGGUGGCCAUAGUGGGUUAUCUGAUUCGUCUCUCAAUUGAGUCCAUUCAAUUAGAAGCUGACAACUGUAUUACAGACUCCCUAACUGUUUACGACUCCCUCUUGCCAAUCCGGAGUGCCAUUCUAUACAGAAUCUGUGAACCCACAAGGACACUAAUGUCCUUCGUUUCUACAAAUAAUCUCAUGUUGGUGACACUGAAGUCUCCUUAUGUACGGAGGCUGGCAGGGAUCCGGGCAUAUUUUGAAGUCAUUCCAGAACAAAAAUGUGAAAAUACAAUACUGGUCAAAGAAAUCAACAGCUUUGAAGGGAAAAUCUCAAGUCCCUAUUACCCAAGCUACUAUCCCCCGAAAUGCAAGUGCAACUGGACAUUUCAGACUUCUCUAUCAACUCUUGGCAUAGCCCUAAAAUUCCACAACUAUUCCAUAACUAAGAAGAGUAUGAAAGGCUGUGAGCAUGGCUGGUGGGAAAUUAAUGAACACAUGUACUGUGGCUCCUACAUGGAUCAUGAGACGAUUUUCCGGGUGCCCAGCCCCCUGGUCCACAUCCAGCUCCAGUGCAGUUCCAGGCUUUCAGACAAGCCACUUUUGGUAGAAUAUGGCAGUUACAACAUCAGUCAACCUUGUCCUGCUGGAUCUUUUAGAUGCUCCUCCGGUUUAUGUGUCCCUCAGGCCCAGCGCUGUGAUGGAGUGAAUGACUGUUUUGAUGAAAGUGAUGAACUUUUCUGUGUGACUGCAAAACCUGCCUGCAACACCAGCAUCUUCCGGCAGCACGGCCCCCUGGUCUGUGAUGGCUUCCAGGACUGUGAGGACGGCCAGGAUGAGCAGAACUGCACUAGGAGCAUCCCAUGCACCAACAGGACCUUUAAAUGUGGCAAUGACAUUUGCUUCAGAAAGCAAAAUGCCCAAUGCGAUGGUAUAGUGGACUGUCCAGACAGAAGUGACGAGGAGGGCUGCGGCUGUAGCAGAAGUUCUCCCUUCCUUCACCGCGUCGUUGGGGGUUCCGAUUCCCAGGAGGGAACCUGGCCAUGGCAGGUCAGCCUCCACUUUGUUGGAUCAGCCCACUGUGGUGCCUCAGUCAUCUCCAGAGAGUGGCUUCUCUCUGCAGCCCACUGUUUCCACGGAAACAGGCUGUCCGACCCCACCCCAUGGACUGCUCACCUUGGGAUGUACGUGCAGGGGAACGCCAAGUUUGUCUCUCCAGUAAGAAGGAUUGUGGUCCACGAAUACUACAACAGCCAGACUUUUGAUUAUGACAUUGCUUUGCUGCAGCUCAGCAUAGCCUGGCCUGAAACCCUGAGACAGCUCAUUCAACCUAUAUGUAUUCCUCCAGUUGGCCAGAGAGUGCGCAGUGGGGAGAAGUGCUGGGUGACGGGCUGGGGGCGAAGGCAUGAAGCAGACAGUAAAGGCUCCCCCAUUUUGCAGCAAGCGGAGGUAGAGCUCAUAGAUCAAACCGUCUGUGUUUCCACCUACGGGAUCAUCACCUCUCGGAUGCUCUGUGCAGGGGUUAUGUCUGGCAAGAGCGAUGCCUGCAAAGGAGAUUCAGGUGGACCUUUGUCUUGUCGAAGAAAGAGUGAUGGGAAAUGGAUUCUGACCGGCAUUGUUAGCUGGGGAUAUGGAUGUGGAAGACCAAAUUUUCCUGGUGUUUACACACGGGUGUCAAACUUUGUCCCCUGGAUUCAUAAGUGACCAACAGUGAAGGGCCAGAGGCGUUUUGGAAUCCAGGAUGCUGCCUGUCACCCAGAAGAUGAUUCAUAGCUGUUCGUUGAUUUGGUAGAUGAUCCCUCGCUAGACAGAACUGGAGUAAGUUUCAGCAUCUCACCGG